UAUUUUAAGUGAAGGUAGAUGGUCUUUGAAGUUGACAGCGGAUGGUAUGAAUUUAGAGGGUAGGUAAAGAAGGACGGUCAGCCGGUUAGGAACGAGUCCAGUCGGGUGACAGUUAGGAAAGUUAACGGACGAUUGAAAAGGAAUGUCUUAUGUUGUCUUAUUGUGAAUAAUACAGCAGUGAAUAUUCAAGAUUGUUUUAUUUAACGUGAUCUCGUUUACAUACACCAGUCUGAGUGCAGGAGUGUUUUAGUUCAGAAGACGGGAUAAAAACACAAGCCCACGAAAAGAUAAAAACAGACUAUGGAGGAUGACGAUGACAAUGGCCGGCCAAGGCAACCAACCCCUAGCAGUCCUGUUCUACAAAGGAGAGGGACAGCUACCGCCGCACGUCGUGUGCUCGACGAGACUGCCGGUAACCGAGAAGAUAUCAGGUCAGAGAGAAUCCUAUUCACUCCCAGGCAGAGUCGUCGUCGUAGCCGUACCGGUAGUGUUCGAGCAGCUAGGAGUCGGAGCCGUCCACGAAGCCCUAGUGUUGGCUCAGUGACUAGAAGGGACAGCCGAAGUCGUGCACGUAGUCGUAGUCGUAGUUCUCGGCGCAACAAUUUGCUACGAGAGGAGCUGGAGCUCGAGAGACAGCGACUACGUGUUUUAGAAAGUCAACUGAGGAACGAGCGUGAACGGCAGGAGCUUCAGGAACGCGCACGUCUUAGAGAUUCGGAGCUACGUAACCGUAGACGGAGCCCUGGAGUAGGUGAGGGAACCAGGAGGUUCACAGACCUUGCUAUUCGGAGACGGACUCCGGACAGGGACAGCAUGGAGACCAGGAGGUCCAUGGAGCUCCGAAAUCGGAGUCGGAGCCCCCUAAGGGUCAAUGAAAGUACCGGGAGGUACUCGGAGCUCCGAAAUCGGAGACUGAGCCCUGGAAGGGACUGCGAGGACAGGUAUGGUUCAACAUCUCGUCUCUUUGAAGAGUUUUUAAAGGUUAUUAAGAAACAAAAUAAUGAGCAAAAUAACAGCUUUCCUGUCUUAAACAACGUCAUUCCCGACUUUGACCCGCUGAGUAGGGAACAACCAAUUACCGUUUGGCUAAGCAAAGUGGAUGAGUGCGCAGAAAUGUAUAAAUGGAACGAUAGGCAAACUAUCCACUAUGCUUUGCCAAAACUCACUGGUCAUGCAAAAUUAUGGUACCAAGGGUUACCAUCCCUGAAACGAACAUGGCCCGAAUGGAAAGUGCUUCUUACGGAAUCGUUUCCUGCAACCGAGAAUUAUGCAGACUUAUUAACAGAAAUGCUCGCAAAAAGGGCUCGUUUUGGCGAUUCUCUAGAACUGUACUAUUUUUCAAAAGUCAACUUGUUGAACCGCUGCAAAAUUUUCGGUAGGGAAGCUAUUGAUUGCAUUAUACAUGGUGUAGAUGAUAGAGGGGUUAGGGUUGGCGCGCAAGCGGCGCAUUUUGAGAAAACGGAACAGAUUUUGCAAUUCUUUAAAACUGUUAAAGUUCAAACUAAAGAAAAUGCCACAGACCUGAGGAAAGAUAGAAAAAUUCCGAAUAAUACGUCCAGUAAACAAAAUUACCGAACUAGCAGUAGCGAUGCAACUUCUCCUAAACCACGUCCAAAUCCAGAUAAUGUAGUGUGUUUCAAUUGUAAAGAGAAGGGCCACCCGUGUUCUAGAUGCCCAAAACCCAUUGUUAAGUGUUCGUAUUGUCAUUGGGUGGGUCAUUCUAUAAAUGAUUGUCCCAAGAAAACCACUAAACCUGAUAUAAAGGAUAAAAGUGUUAUGAGAGUUCUCCACGUAAAUAAAAAUGACAACAAUAUUCACGAUCUAUUAAGUCAAGUAAACAAGAGGGACGGUAAUAUGUAUGAUUCAUCAAAUGACGAUACCAAUAGUAAAUAUAAGAUGGUCAUUGAAAUCAACGGCCAACCAGUAGCUAGCCACAUAGAUUUGGGCUGCGAAACCACUCUUGUACGUAAGUCAGACGCGGAAACUUUAGGACUUGAGUGGACAACGGUAAAUGACACUGUGUUGAAGGGCUUAGGGCUAAUACCAUACGUCCCAUUAGGACAUACCAAGGCUACAAUUGAUGUUCAGGGAGUUACAGAAAAGGGGGUAGACAUUUAUAUUGUUGACGACCACCUCAUUAAUUGCUCAUUACUGUUAGGACACUCUUAUACAGAACGCCCAAAUAUUUGUAUUAUAAAAACAUGGUCUGAAUUAAGAUUUGUGAGAGUUGAUGAGGACAAUGACACAAAACUGUUACUAAAAGCGGAUAAGGAUGUAAUAGUCACUGAAGGUUCGAUGAAGUACGAUUGUGAAGUUGAGUACCGAGCAGGCGAGAAAAUGGCACACGUUGAUGCGCUCAGUCGUAGUCCCAUCAACGACAAGGUGGAAGAACCACGACAAGGUGGAGAGAGGGUAGGUGAAGAAUAUCAGUAA